CAAGGUAUUGCUCCUUAAGAACAGAUAAAAGAAGAAACAGAGGAGGGCAGGAUAAAAAGACGUUUUGGAAAAAAAAGGCAAACUUUUACAGACAGAGAGAAAAAGAGGAAGGCAGACAAGACAGCUAAAGGGGGAAAAAGGUUAAACAAGGCAAAAAAAAUAAGGAUACUUUAAAAAAAAGACGAAAUCAGAGGUGAAGUGUGGGAAAAGAGAGGGAGGAGAGAAAAGGAGAGUGGUGACUUGCUCAAAAGUAGCAGAGAAAUAAAGACGUGAAGCAAGACAGGGAAAAGGGGGGGAAAGAAGAGCGCAGAGAAACGAGAAACAAGAAAGAACGAGAAACUGAGAGCGUGACAUACUAUCAGACAGCUGGCCUGGCAAACACAGAAAGAUGCACAUCUCACUGCUGCUAAGUUGCUUUCUUCUGGCUGCGACAGAGUACUUCCUUGGCUAUGCCCACAUGAUCCCAGAUGAGAGACUCUCCACCAACAGAGUUGCUGCAUCUAAUGCUUUGGCUCAAAAUCUAGAAAUAAACUCACCCCCUGUGGUUAUUGUAGAGUUACCAAAAUCUGCAAAGAAGAGCAAGAAACCAAAGAAACAGAAAAAGAACAAAUAUGGUGUGAAGAAGCGGCCUCCUCCUCCUGCCAACUGUAUUUCCCUGUGGGGAAGCUGUAAAUCUCCAGGCACCGUGUGCUGUGAUUAUUGUGCUUUCUGCCAGUGUCGACUGUUCAGAACUGUUUGUUACUGCCGAAUGGGUAACCCUCGCUGCUGAAUAGCCACCGGCAGCCUAACCCAGUUCCAGGCUAAGAGAACAAAUGUUUAUGCUCCAGCAAACCACUUGCAGUGAACACCAUGAGAGGUUAAUCACUCCUCCCCCUUGGUUUAUAAUUUUCCCUAAAAUUCACUGCAUGAAAGCACUUUAUCACAGAGGAUUGCACCACAGGGAACUUUCCUAAACUCAUACAGGGUGUGAUGCUUACAGCACUGCUAGGAAACUCUCAAAUAAAAGUUAUAAAGCAAGUUUUUAUUUUACUUUGAGCUUUCAGCAUGCAUAAAAACAAUUUACAGUCUCCAUAAAUAAUCAAUUUAUUUUUCACACGAAUACAUGACUGCAACAGUAUACUUAAAAACGGUUGUAUUUUUUAUGAAGCUUUCUAAGGAUUAAAUGUUUGUAAUGUUAAAGCAAUUUUUGGGAAAAAAAAAAGUAUUGUUUCUGUUCUAUUUAGCGUACAGUCUACAAAAUCAUGCCUGUUUUUUGAAAUGAAGGUGUAUGAAUUUACAUUUACAAGUAAAUUAAUAAAAAAGUGAAUAAAUCCUAAA